AUGGUAUCGUUAGCUGGACUAAGUCCACCACAACAAGAGCUACUAUCUAGCCUUAUGUUCUUGGCCAUAUUGAACUUGACCCCUGGAUAUAACGUUAUCAUAUGUGGUUAUCAUAUUGUUGCCUUUCCUCCCCCACAAGGAUUAGGAAGGAAAAACCAGGCAAAGCUAGUUAAAAAGUGGGCCGAUGAAAUGUACAAAAAAAGAGAAAAAAAAGCAUUUGAGAGACAAAGAGGCUUUGGCAAGAAACUUGCUCCAGAAAGGUAUUAUGAAGCUAACAGUGGUUUAGGCUUCAGGCCGGGAGGUCCUUGGAGAGAUCCUUUGGCAAGAAUUGAUAAGACAAAAGGAUGUAACACAUUUACAAAGGUACAACUGCUGGAUGUUGUGAUGGAACAGCUGCAUAUUGAUAUGGGGGAAACUCGUGUUCAUAUCUUGCCGGAAUUAAAUUAUCGGCUUUAUCCUCUUCGAGGAGUCAGAUACGUGGUGAUAUCUCGAGAGGAGAGGGAGCAAAACCUCAUGGCGUUUCAGCACAGCGAGAAAAUUUACUUUCGCGCGUGUCGUGAUAUUCAGCCCGGGGAGAAGCUGCGGGUCUGGUACAGCGAGGACUACAUGAAAAGGCUGCACAGCAUGUCUCAGGAGACAAUCAUCCGCAACCUCAGCCGAGGAGAAAGAGGUUUGUUAAGGGAAAACAAUGACAGAGUCUUGGAAAACCAAGAAGACAUGAAGGGCCCAUUUCCACUCACAGCCCUUAAGCAAGGGAAGAGCCUCUACAAGCGGAGUUGUGAGGAGGGAGAGCUAAACCCUCAUGCCAAGAAGAAAAAAAUAGAUCUGAUCUUCAAAGACGUCUUAGAGGCUUCUCUGGAGUCAGCUAAGAUGGAAGACCAUCCCCUGGUGACCAGUAGUCCUAUAUUGGGAAAAAGGGUUCCCAAGUAUCAGUAUGAGGACCAUGGAGAUAAAUGUAAAAUAAACCAAAAGUUUUCUUCCCAAAACCAAACCAGAAUUGCAAUGGAGUGGAAGGUCCCUCACAAGGUCGCUCAAGGUCUAGACAGGGAGACCAACUUAGUAGAAGAUGAUCAAGAAGACCGCUCAUCUAUCAAAGUAGAGAGUCCUGAUGAGUUAUCUGCCAUUGGUGAUACAGACGAGAUCCCCACCACUUCUUUCUGCCCAAACUGUAUCAGGUUAAAGAAGAAAAUCCGGGAGCUUCAGGCUGAGGUGGAAAUGCUAAGGUCUGGAAAGGUCCCAGAAGUACCUCAGUUGCUUCCUCAAAAAACUGAGGUUCCAGAGUUUUCAGAUACUUCAGCUCCAGAAAACCUGUCCAUCGCACCCAAUAUGAUAGAAGACGAUGAUCAGGAGGUAGACUCAGCGGACGAGUCGGUCUCCAACGAGAUAUUGGCAUCUGCUGACGAGCCUUCUAAGAUGUCCGCGUCCUCCGGUAGACGUAUCCGGCGUUUCAAACAAGAAUGGUUAAAAAAGUUCUGGUUCCUGCGGUACUCGUCUACGCUGAACGAGAUGUGGUGUCACGUGUGCAGGCAGUACACGGUGCAGUCCUCAAGGACUUCAGCCUUUAUCAUUGGUUCGAAACAGUUUAAGAUUCACACGAUAAAGCUCCACAGCCAAAGUAACCUCCACAAAAAGUGUUUGCAGCUCUACAAGCUCAGGAUGCACCCCGAAAAGACAGAGGAGAUGUGCAGGAACAUGACUCUUCUUUUCAACACAGCAUACCACUUGGCUAUGGAAGGCAGGCCUUAUUAUGACUUCCGACCUCUAGCAGAACUACUGAGAAAGUGUGAACUCCGCGUAGUCGACCAGUACAUGAACGAAGGUGAUUGUCAGAUUUUGAUUCAUCACAUCGCCAGAGCACUUAGGGAAGACUUGGUAGAGCGUAUUCGACAAUCACCUUUCCUAAGUAUUAUCUUAGAUGGGCAAAGCGAAGACCUUCUGGCAGAUACGGUGGCGGUCUAUGUCCAAUACACAAGUAAUGAUGGUCCACCUGCCACAGAGUUUCUCUCUCUUCAAGAGCUGGGCUUGCCUACCACUGAAAGCUAUCUCCAAGGUGUCGACAGGGCCUUCUCAGCUCUUGGCAUCCGCCUACAGGAUGAGAGGCCAACCAUAGGGUUAGGAGUGGAUGGAACCAACAUAACGGCUGGACUAAGAGCAAAUAUGUAUAUGACAAUCAGGAAAACCUUGCCUUGGCUACUGUGUUUACCGUUCAUGGUGCAUAGGCCCCACUUAGAAAUUUUGGAUGCAAUAAGUGGAAAGGAACUUCCAUGUUUAGAAGAAUUAGAAAACAACCUGAAGCAGCUACUUAGUUUCUACCGGUACUCUCCCCGUCUGAUGUGUGAACUUCGACUUACCGCCGCAACACUUUGUGAGGAGACGGAAUUCCUGGGUGAUAUUCGGGGGGUGAAAUGGAUUAUAGGGGAGCAGAAUGUGCUAAAUGCUCUGAUCAAGGACUACCUGGAAGUGGUGGCUCACUUAAAAGAUGUCAGCGGUCAGACCCAACGAGCCGAUGCCUCAGCUAUCGCAUUAGCCCUUCUUCAGUUUCUCAUGGAUUAUCAGUCGAUUAAGCUUAUCUACUUUCUUUUGGAUGUGAUUGCGGUUUUGUCCCGUCUGGCCUACGUCUUCCAAGGCGAGUACCUCUUGGUGUCCCAGGUGGACGAGAAAAUAGAAGAAGCCAUUCAAGAAAUCAGCCGCCUGACUGAUUCUCCUGGGGAAUAUCUUCAGGAGUUUGAAGAAAACUUCCGGGAAAGUUUUAACGGGAUCUCCUUAAAGAACUUGCGUGUGGCCGAAGCAAAGUUUCAGUCCAUUCGGGAGAAGAUUUGCCAGAAGACCCAACUCACCCUUGCCCAACGGUUUGAUUCCCGUAGCCGAGUGUUUGUCAAAGCUUGUCAAGUUUUCGACUUGUCUUUGUGGCCCCGGAGCACGGAGGAGCUCAUAAGCUACGGAGAGGAGGAAAUGCUGCAAAUAUACGAACACUUGAGUGGCAUCCCGUCAUUCCUUUCGGACUGCAGGGAGGGUACCGACACCAGGAGCGGUAUGUUGAUGGAAUGGCGGGAGCUCAAGGCUGACUACUGUACCAAAAACGGUUUCAAAGAUUUGAUAGGCCAUAUCUGUAAGUACAAACAAAGAUUCCUCCUCUUAAACAAGAUAGUACAGAUCCUGAAAGUACUCCCCACUUCUACGGCCUGUUGCGAAAAAGGCCGUAACGCCCUUCAGAGGCUACGCAAAAACAACCGCUCCAGGCUAACGUUAGAUCAGCUCAGCGACCUCUUGACCGUAGCGGUGAACGGGCCGUCCAUCUCUAAUUUCGAUGCCAAGAGAGCUCUGGACAGCUGGUUUGAGGAAAAGUCAGGGAACAGCUACUCCUUGUCUACUGAGAUGCUCAGCAAGAUGUCCUCCCUCGACCAGAAACCCAUGCUUCACUCUAUGGAACUCGGCUCCGAGUAUUACCAAGACAUUUAAAGAUACUAGGGCCCUGAAGCUAUUGGAUAUGUUUUUUUUCUAUCUAUACUACUUUUUUUGGUAUAUUAUAAUGAAAAAAAAAAUUAUAAAAAAGAAAUAUAUAUAAAUAUAUAUUAUAUAUAUAUUAAUAGAAAAAAAAAUCCCACUAAAUAUUUACAAAAAGACUGAGCCUUUUAUUAGGAAACCUCACAAAUGGUAUCACAUUUUUUCAUCUAUGGCAGCUGGAAUUAAGGGGAUACGGUUUCCUCAUGGCCAGAACAGGACAGAGAACCCACCAAUCUCCAAAAAAAAAACUUUCCCCCAAAGCAUGUGGAACCCAACCAACUACCUUUAUAAAACCCCUUUUUUUGCAGCUUUUUUUUUUUUUUUUGUACCCCUCCAGUUUGUUGAUAGGUCAGAACAAAAUUGUAUAUCAGAUUCCAAAAAAAGUCCAAAUCCACAUAAAUUGUGAGGAUUUUGUUUUUUUUAUAUAUAUAUAUCUAAUUUAAUCUAUGUUUUUAUCCUAAUUUGUAUUCUCCUUCAAUGUAUAAUGUUCAGAAAUAUGUAUGUACUAUUUGCUAUCACCGAAUGGGCGAAAUUUUUUUUUUUUCUUACUGCCUCUCUUUCCCCUUGGGUACAAUGGGGGGACGGCGCUUCCGGGUCCAAAGCAAGCUAACCGCACCUCGGGGAGACUAAGGACAAACGCUGUAGAGGUUACCCUCCAAUGUUUAUGACAAAGUCACUUUCCUUUCUGACACUUACAAUGUUUUGUAAUCACACAUAAUGUAUACUUAUUGUAUCGUUUGGGGGUAUUUUAUGGCAGAUUUUAUGUUCUUUAAAAAAAAAAAUUGAUAUCUUUUUAUUUUAAUUUUGUUGUACUGUCUUCAUCUGUACAGAUGUCGCAGAGCUGAGUUUGCUAUUUGACGAAAUUUACAGUAAUAUUUCACAGAUAGUUGUAUCUGUAGCUUUCGAUAAAUCUGCAAGGUCAACCUAAAGCGUUCAAUGGCAAACUCAGCUCUGCUAUAUCUGUGUAUUGCUUCAGAGAAUAAUUUAAACUGGUAUUCCAGGAAAAAAAAAAUCCUAUCUCAACUGGCUCCAGAAAGUUAAACAGAUUUGUAAAUUACUUCUAUUAAAAAAUCUUAAUCCUUUCAAUAAUUAUCAGCUGCUGAAGUUGAGUUGUUUUCUGUCUGCAAACAGUGCUCUCUACUGACAUCUCUGCUUUUCUCGGGAACUGCACAGAGUAGAAGAGGUUUUCUAUAGGGAUUUACUUCUAAACUGGGCGGUUCCCGAGACAGGUGUCAUCAGAGAGCACUUAGAUAGAAAAGAACAACUCAACUUCAGCAGCUCGUAAGUACUGAAAGGAUUAAGAUUUUUUAAUGGAAGUAAUUUAAAAAUCUGUUUAACUUUCUGGAGCCAGUUGAUAUAUAUAUAUAAAACAUUUUUUUUCCUGGAUAACCCCUUUAAUGUUGUGAAAAGAAGAAUAAGCUAAGGGGUCAGAGGUGCAUUAUUUGUUUCCUAUCACUGUUACUAUUUUUUUUAAUGGUUUUUAAGAUAAAAUAUGGUCAGGUGGGAGAAAAAGAAAAUGAUUAAAGGGGUAUUCCUGCUAUAAACAUUUACCACAGAGGGUGCAGAGGUAAGGACGGGUUCACACUUCGGAAUCUCCAGACGGACUAAAUCCGGACGGAGAUUCCGGGUGUGGGCAGUGCUGACUAAAUCAACCGGCGCUAGGACCGCGCAGACAUUUAAUCCCCCCACCCACCCCAUAGACGGCAAUGUCUGUGGAGCGGAGAUCAGCCAGAACAUUGAACCAGUGGCGGAAUUUUUUGUGGGGAUUUUCCGGGUGGAAAGUCUACGAAAACUCUGCAGUGCGCACCGUGCAGGGGAAUCCCACUGGCAGCAAUGGGACUCUGCUGCAUCGGAAUUUUCAAAGGAAUUUCAAAACAGAAUUUCGCUCAGAAAUUCCGUAGUUUUAACCCAGGCUAGAAGUCACACCCUGGUUCUUGUGCAUAAGGGGCACUGCUACCUUUUUGUACAUAGUAAAUGGGGCCUCUAUUGAAUUUUGCUUAAAGGGGUACUCCGGGCCCAAGACAUCUUAUCCCCUAUGCAAAGGAUAGGGGAUGAGAUGUCGCCACUGGGGACCCCCCCCAAUCUAGCAUGCAGCACCCACCUGUAAGUACUGCCGGAAGCACUGUAGGCUCUCAGUCUUAUGCCUCCCGACCACGGGGACGGAGUAUGGUGACGUCACGACUCCGCCCU